AUGCCGACAGUGGAGUCUUCUGAGUCGUUAUUAGGUAAAAUUGCAUCACUUCUUGAGAGUGAAAAGGCUUCAAUGAAAUUAGAACUAAUUUUAACGCAUAUACUAUUUUUCUGUGACAAGUUUUACCUUUUUCCUUUAGAUGCAAUUUAUACGUCUCAAAAACACGGAAAUGACGAGACAGGCGAUGGCUCUGAAUCAAAUCCUUUUAAAACCAUUUUAAGGGCAAUGCGUUACGCGGGUAAAGAACCUUUUCCACCGAUUUAUCAAGAUUCUCACGAGGAUGGGGAGAAGUAUGCGAUAGUGUCAAAAUCGCAGUUAAAAAAGGCACAAAAAAUUUGGAAGCAUAAAAAGGAACAUAAGGGCGAAGACAAGCAAAAGAAGCAGCUGGAGGAUGAAGAAAAGAGAUUGAAAAACUUGGAAGAAGCCAAGACAAUUGUAAUUCAAGAAGAUACUACUUUGCCACCUGCGACUUGUAUAAAAAUUCGAGACAGAAAAGCACUCAUGUUUAUCACAUUAAGGGAUGGAACAGGAUUUUUGCAGUGUGUACUUGGUGACAUUUUAUGCCAAACGUACGAUGCGCUGACCUUGUCUACAGAAGCUUCUAUCGAAGUAUUUGGAACUCUCAAGAUUGUACCGGAAGGAAAAAAUGCUCCAAAUGGACACGAAUUACACGUUGAUUACUGGAGAUUAAUAGGAGCAUCUCCUCCCGGUGGUGCAGAUUCCAUUUUGAACGAAGAAGCUCUUCCCGAUGUGCAGUUAGACAACAGACAUAUUAUGAUUCGCGGUGAAAAUACAUCUAGCGUUUUACUCGUGAGAUCUGUGUUAAUGAAAGCAUUUAGAGAUCAUUUCAAUGAGAGAGGUUACAUCGAAGUAACACCACCAACAUUGGUGCAAACGCAGGUAGAAGGUGGUUCAACAUUAUUUAAACUAGAUUACUUUGGAGAGGAAGCAUUUUUGACUCAAAGUUCGCAGCUUUAUUUAGAAACGUGCCUUCCAGCAAUGGGUGAUGUAUACUGCAUUGCACAGUCUUAUAGAGCAGAACAAUCUCGGACUCGGAGACAUCUCGCAGAAUAUUCACACGUGGAGGCAGAAUAUGCAUUUAUUACAUUCGAAGAAUUAUUAGAUCGAUUGGAAGAUAUGAUAUGCGAUGUUACCGAUCGUGUUCUUAAAUCAAAGCUUGGCUAUUUAAUCAAAGAAUUAAAUCCCGAUUUCAAAAUGCCAAAAAAACCGUUUAAAAGAAUGGAUUACAAAGAUGCGAUCGAAUAUCUUCGAAUUAACAAUAUAACCAAAGACGAUGGGACAUUUUACGAAUUUGGCGAAGACAUUCCAGAAAUGCCAGAGAGAAAAAUGACCGACGCUAUAAACGAACCAAUAAUGUUAUGCAGAUUUCCUGCCGAAAUCAAGUCAUUCUAUAUGCAACGUUGCGCCGAUGACAAGAAUCUUACAGAAUCGGUGGACGUGCUUUUACCGAAUGUUGGUGAGAUAGUCGGAGGUUCGAUGCGUAUUUGGCAUUACGACGACCUGUUGGAAGGCUAUUCGAACGCAAAUAUAGAUCCAAAACCAUACUAUUGGUAUACCGAUCAGGUGAAUAUCGAUUCUUGUACUUGGAAGAAUUUACCGUUUUACAUCAAUUUUACAAUUUUUCUUCAGCGAAAAUACGGGAGCUGCCCUCACGGCGGAUUCGGAUUGGGCCUCGAAAGAUUUUUAUGUUGGCUUUUGAAUAGAUAUCACAUACGCGAUGCAUGCCUUUAUCCACGUUUCUUGGAACGUUGUCGACCUUAA